AUGACGGGAGGACGUUACACUUGGGUCAAAGGCCGAGGCACUGAUGAUUGGGUGGAGGAACGGCUAGAUAGGGCUGUGGCAACUUUGCCGUGGAUAGAGUUACAUGAAGAGGCCGUAGUCAGAAAUAUUUAUACUCAACAAUCUGACCAUUGCGCGAUUUUAAUUGAUGUUCAUGCUGCUUAUACACGGGUGGCUAUUCGGAGGUUUAGAUUCGAAUCCGCAUGGCUGUUGGAAGAAGGGUGUACGCGUGUGGUUGACACAGCUUGGCGCAUGUCAAUGGGAUUAAGCUUCCCGGAACGCCUAGCGGUAUGCAGUGAACGACUCGGAAGAUGGGGUGGCGACCACCACCGUAAGUUUGGUGUUCGAAGUAAUAAACUGCGUAGGACUCUCGACCAAUUGAAAGAAGAUCGAACGCCUGCAGCAGUGAACUUAUUUUUCAAGGCUGAGAGAGAGCUGGAGGCAAUUAUGAAGGCUGAAGAACUUUUUUGGAAGCAGAGAUCUAAGCAGCUCUGGCUAAAGCACGGCGACGCAAACACAAAGUUUUUUCACAAAUCAGCUACGGCGCGUCGGAAACAGAAUUUUUUAUCCCACCUUAAAGAUCAGAAUGGCGUAUGGGCGGAGGGUUUGACGAUGAAGGCCGAGAUUAUCAGGUAUUUUGAGCAAAUUUUUUGUUCAGGCACUUGCCGUGCCAAUAUUUUUAAUCGAGUGACCAGGCGUGUGACGGAGGAGAUGAAAAUCUCGCUGUCUCGGCCGUUCACAGUGGAUGAUGUGAAAACGGCCUUGUUUGACAUGCAACCGGAAAAGGCCCCUGGCCCGGACAGUUUGUCACCGGCGUUCUUUCAGCACUUCUGGCCGAUUCUCGGACACGACUUAUCAGUGUUCAUCAUUAAUUGUGUGGAGCAUAAACAGUUCCCACAGGGAUUGAAUGAUUCUAAUAUCGUUCUAAUUCCCAAGAAAUCGGUCCCGGAAAAGGUCUCGGAUCUCAGGCCGAUAGCUCUAUGUAAAGUGGUGUACAAGGUACUCGCUAAAAUGCUGGCUAAUAGGCUUAAAGGGUGUUUGGACAAUGUGGUGUCUCAGUCACAAAGUGCAUUCAUUCCUAACCGGCUCCUCACGGAUAAUAUUAUUCUUGCCGGUGAGGUCGGACACUACCUACGUAGGAAAACAGGGGGUUGUCAGGGGUGGGUGGCGCUAAAGCUUGAUAUGGCUAAAGCGUACGAUAGGAUGGAGUGGCCUUUUUUAAAAGGAAUGUUGGAGGCGUUGGGCUUUCAGAGAGACUGGGUAGACUUACUCAUGCUAUGCGUUACUACUGUAAACUAUUCAAUACUGGUGAAUGGGGAGAUUGCGGGGCAGGUUCGGCCUACACGGGGUAUCCGACAGGGAGACCCGUUAUCGCCCUAUUUGUUCAUUUUAUGUGCCGAGGGAUUGUCUAUCCUUCUGCAGCAAGCAGAGGCCCGGGGGGACAUUCACGGGGUGAGAGUGGCGCGGGGUGCACCGGCCAUUACCCACCUGUUUUUUGCUGACGACAGCCUUUUAUUUUUCAGGGCCAAAGAAGGGGAGGCGCUAAAAAUUAAGGAUUGUUUAGAUGUUUACAGCUUGGCCUCGGGACAAUUAAUAAAUUAUGAGAAGUCUACUGCGGUGUUUAGCCACAACACGAGUACUCCGAUCAGGAACUUGGUGUCUGGGAUUAUUGGAGUUCCCGAAGCUCUGGACUUGGGACGGUAUCUGGGUCUUCCUUCGGCACUGGGACGAAGCAAAACUGCGGUGUUUAAAUACAUUGAAGGGAACGUUCGUACCAGAAUGGGGGCUUGGCAUAAUAAGCUACUAUCUCGCGCAGGUAAAGAAGUUUUACUCAAAAGUAUUGCGCAAUCCCUUCCCAUUUUUACCAUGUCGGUCUAUUUAUUACCGCUGCGAGUCUGUGAUACACUGGAAAAAUUGUUCAACCGAUUCUGGUGGGGUGGUGGGAAUACAGGAAAUCGCGGGAUUCACUGGCUAAGUUGGGAGAAGAUGUGUACGCCGAAAGCGAAAGGUGGUCUUGGAUUCAAAAAAUUACACCAAUUCAAUACUGCAUUGCUAGCCAAACAGGGUUGGAGAUUAUUAAUCCAACCCGAGUCAUUGGUGAGCAGAACCAUGAAAGCUAAAUAUUUUCCUACAACUGGUUUUAUGGAGGCACAGCUAGGUGGGAAUCCCAGUUUCAUUUGGCGUAGCAUACUUGCUGGACGAAAUGUAUUACAAUUGGGUAUUGCCCGGCGAGUGGGAGACGGUAGAGAUACGAAGGUAUGGGGCUGGAAUUGGGUAGCCGGUUCAUCCAACUUGCAGCUAGCUACUCCGUGCGUUGAUUAUCUUCGCGAGGCAAGAGUGCAGAAUUUAAUGACAGAGGACGGCAAUUGGGAUACAGACAUUAUCUAUGAUAUUUUUCUCCCUGAAUAUGUCCCUAAAAUCCUUGCCACUCCCGUAAAUAGCCAGCUUCAGGAUUGUUGGCGGUGGGUAGGUGACAUACACGGCUGCUAUACUGUAAAACAUGGGUACAGAUUAUUAAUGGAAAAUCAACUUCCGAAUAGCUGCAGCGAUGGGUUCCAGGCAUGGCAGGCAUUAUGGGCAUUAUCCAUUCCCCCCAAAGUCAAGAAUUUUUUAUGGCGUUGUGCUCGCGGCAUACUACCAGUACGUGAAAAUCUUCAUAAGAGGAGGGCUUGGAUUGGUGGAGGAUGCCCGCUAUGCGGUUGUAAUGCGGAGACAAUGAAUCAUUUAUUUUGUGAUUGUGGCUUCGCACAACAACUUUGGAGUCAUGCAGACAUACGUCAGGGGCGUGAAUUUUUGCAGUUUAUGGCCGAGUCUAUAGGUGGCACUUCUACUCAUUCAGGUAUUCGCUUGGCAGCCACCUUAUGGACUAUUUGGCUCAUACGAAAUGAAGUUGUGUGGCAGAAUAGGACAUCAACAAGCGCUGUGGCAAUUGAGCGUGUGCGGAAUAUGCAACGUACGUGGGAAGGAGUUUUUGUGAAGAAUGGCACAGUUCAAGUGUCGGCUAGGCCAUUGGUUGAUUGGACUCCUCCGCUGAGAGGUACGUUAAAAUGCAACACUGACGCAGCUGUUUCAGGGGAUGGUGCUGGUUUCGCCAGUGUGAUCCGGGAUCACGAGGGGCAUUUUGUGGCGGCAAUGAGUGGGCGUCUAAUGGGUGAAGGGGAUCCGUUUAUGGCCGAGGUUUUGGGUGCCAAAGAAGCAUUGACAUGGCUAAAAUCCCAAUCUCAGAAUAAUUUCAUUUUAGAAUCUGAUUGUUUAAAUUUUUGUAAUGCUUUCAAUUCUUGUUUGUCUGACUUUUCGUAUGUCGGUUUAGUUGUUAAGCAAUGUCAGUCGAUUGCUAGGGACAUUGGGAAUGUAACUGUAUCCCAUGUCAAGAGAUCAGCGAACCGUGUGGCUCAUGAGCUUGCUCGGGCAACCGUUUCUAUGUCUGUCUCGGGAGUUUGGUCUGGUGUUCCACCAGAUUGUAUCGCUCAUUUGUUUUGA